AUGGUGACCUCUGCUGAUGAAAACACGCCUUUGAUUGUGAGCGGCAGCCGCAGUUAUUCAUCAACUAACUCUCGCGAAGAUCAUGAAGAUGCCACACGCAGGCACUUGCUAGAAGUGGACACUGACGAUGAUGAAUCGAUCUCUACCCUGCGAAAAGAUGAUCCGACUUGCCAACUCGAUCUAGUUAAAGUGCCUUCGAUCUCUACCGGACUUGCGAUUGACCCUGGUCUCGAAAGAGUAUCGUCGGCCGCCACAGUGCAUGUGUCGGACGAGAAUGUCGAGUCGCAAGAUGGCCUAGCGUCAAGGUCCAUGUUUGCAAAUCAUUUUAUCAAUGUGACCCCAAUCCAGUUUGCCUGGAUAUUUGGUGGUGUUCAGAUUGGCUAUUUUAUAGGAUUCUUUGACUCUACCUUCUUGGCCUCAAGUCACCCAGUUAUUACUUCCGAAUUCCACGCUUCCAACUCGGCAUCAUGGCUUACAACUGCGUUUUUGCUCACUUCAACAGCGCUUCUGCCACUAUCUGGCCGCAUCUCGGAUACUAUCGGCAGAAAACCAGUGUACAUAUUCUCCAUUAUUGUCUUCUUCAUCACGACCGCCUGGUGUGGCCUAGCUCAAAGUAUGGCCAGCUUCAUUCUUGCCCGGGCUUUCUGCGGACUCGGUGCUGGUGGCGUCUUCUCAAUGGGCAUGAUCAUCAGCAGUGACACUGUACGCUUAGAGUACCGUGGUAUCUACCAAUCCGUGAUCAAUAUGACAUUAGGCGUCGGCGGUGCGCUCGGCUACGCUGGGGGAGGAUUUCUUUGCGAUCGUCUAGGCUGGCGCGGGGCUUUUUUUAUCCAGCUGCCCUUCAUCUUCGUCUACCUGCUCAUUGCACUCUGGACGACACCCAGUGAUCUAGGUCGUAUUGACCCGAAGGAUGAGAAUAGGAGUUUGAGGCAGUUACUCAAGCGCAUUGACUUGACUGGUUCUUUCCUGCUUACUGUGGGCCUCGCAGCUCUUCUUGUUGGCCUCAACCUCGGAGGGAAUGUUUUCUCAUGGCGUCACCCACUUGUCGUAUCUUCUCUCGUUCUUGCGGCAGUCAUGGCUGUUAUCAUCCCAAUUUACGAAAGCAAAGUAGAUCGUCCCGUCUUACCAAUCAGACUUCUCACUAAAGCGCCGCACGCCUAUAUCAUCUUCAGCAAUUUCUUUGGAGGUUUGGCAGUCAACAGCAUCAUGUUCAACGUUCCUCUGUUUUUCCAGGCUGUCAAGUCCGAAUCAGCUACGGAAUCUGGACUUCAUCUCCUUUUCGCAUCUUUUGGCAUCACUUUUACCAGCGUCGCCAAUGGGUUUCUGAUCACUUAUUUCAACAGAUUGAAGCCCUUUGCAUUGCUUGGCGCUACAUUGAUGUUUCUCGGAGGUUUCACUACUACCGCUCUAACGUUUGUCGACCUUCCGUAUGCGAUUACAAUAGCAUUCCUCGCACUAGCUAGUGUGGGCCAGGGUUUCGCCUUCCCAACAUACACCGUCUCCAUUCUUGCGGUCAAUAAGCAAGAAGACCAGGCGAGCUCCGUCACAACCCUGUCUCUGUGGAGAAAUCUCGGAUACGUCAUGGGCACCGCUGUCAGUAGUUUGAUUUUACAGAAUGCUCUUCGAAUCCGUCUUGACCAGGUGGUGACUGAGCCCAAUAAGCAGAGGGUCAUUGAGAUCGCUCGCAAAUCUGUGGAGGAUAUAGUCAAUCUCGAUCCGAUGCAUCGCGGACAAGAUGAGUCGAGGGAGAUUGCGUCUGAAUAUGUGGGAGGGUUUGAGAGAUAUCCACCAUCGAAUCAGCUGAACACACAAAUGAGCAAUGAGGCGCCGGCUCAAUUCGACUUUACAAACAAUGCUAUGCAUCGACCACCUAUAAAUGUCUCUGCUGGGCUGUUGUCGUUUCCAGAGGCGCCACAUCCCGAAAUUCAGGAGUCUCUGCUCACUGAGCCGCAGUAUACCGCGAACCAUGCACUUCAAGAGCAGAAUGCGUUCUUAUCAAAAAUUCCGAUGCAUACUCCGAAUGAUCGCUCAUGUAUCACUACGCCCGAGGAAGUAUUGUUGAUGCAGGUUUUUGUAGAGGAGGUUGCUGUAUGGAUGGAUUCUAUGGAAGCCGAUAAACAUUUCUCAGAGAUUAUACCCCUCCAUGCACUCAAUGAACCCAUGUUACUCAAUGCGAUAUGGGCAUGCGGUGCUCGACAUCUGCAUCUCGUGAACUCCUCGUACGGCGAUGAUAGAGCGGUUCACUAUUACAACACGGCCUCACAAUACCUACUAUCGCAUCUACAGAACCCUCAUCGGGACCCCGUUCUAUGCGCCACCGCCGCCGUCAUUCUGAACGUGUACGAAGUCAUGUGCGAGAGCGCAAUGCAGCGUAUGAAUCAUAUAGCAGGCGCGAGAGCGCUAAUUAAAGAAUGCCGCUGGAACGGCAAAUCACCAGGCAUCGGCGGCGCAUGUUUUUGGGUCAAUGUAGGCAUGGAGCUCCUCAGUUGUCUCCAUUUUAAUUGGCAGUUGGCCUGGGAUCCAGAUACUUGGCACAUGGAUAUGGAGACGGAACUUGUCCCUUCAGAGGGACUGUCUGGGAAUGAGGAUGUUUGGACACAUCGCAUGGUUUAUAUUUGUGCCAAAGUUGCAAAUUUUCGAGCGACGAUUCCUCAGUUUCAGGGCCUUGAUCCGCAGGCCCAUCAGUUGCGUUUGCAGCAGCGAUGUCAUGAAUGGGAUACGUAUAAGAGGUGGUGCGAUGAAUGGGCGAGAUGUAUACCGCGAUCGAUAAAUCCCAUAUGCUAUGUUCAGCCGUGGCAGACGUCGAAAUCUGCCUUUCCUGAAGUCUGGCUCUUGAAACGMCCCGCCAUUGUCGGUCGUCUUUUCUACCACCUUACCUGCGUCCUGCUAGCCAAGACGCACCCUUUGGAGUCAGAAUUCAGCCCAAACCUGCGAGAAAUGCAACAAAGACAUGCCUAUGACACGUGCGGUAUCAUAGCCCACGUCAAGGAUCGUGGCGUCGCAACAAUCUCAAUCCGCUGCCUUGCAAUCGCAGCCGAAUGCCUCGAGGCCCGCGAAGCACAAGACGAAGUUCUGCAAAUCAUCGACAAAAUCAUCAAAGAGACCGGUUGGCGUAUCGCAUUCCUCAAACAGGAGCUGCAAGCGAAAUGGGGCUGGAAUACGUCCGCUCAGAAUACUACUAAUACUAAUAAUAUGACGAUCACGACCACUACCGCUACUACUCUAAAUAAUACCACGCCUGCCCCAUUAUCCAUCGAUAAUGGUACUCUACCUUCCCCGAUUCCUACAGCAACUAUACCUACCACUGCGCCGAGUGGAACCCCUCCACCUCCCGCUGCUGCUAGUGCUGCGCGCUCCAGAUUUCCGUCUGGAAUUAUAAAUCCGCUUAUGGCCACGGCGGACUUCUCGAUGGCCAAUCAUCCGUAUCAGGAUCAUUAUGUUGCGCCCCAGGAUGGGUUGGAUGGGUAUUCGUAUACACAUUAUUGA